UAUAUGCUUAAAAUUCCUUGCAAGUAUCAUCCAAAUUCUUUUGUGGAAAGAAUAUGUGCUAGCUCAUCUUGCAAAAGAGAUCCAACAUUAUGUUGGGAAUGUAUGAUUGAUGAAGCUGAUCAUGCUAGAAAUCAUAGAGAUGUUAUGGUAUUUUUGAAUUUCAAAUUUAGAUUGAUUUUGAUAAUUUCACUACUAGACUAGAUGAAGAGUUCAGAAAUGUAUUGGAAAAGAGAAAAAAAGAUUAAUAAUUAGCUAUGGAAGGACAUUUGAAGUUAUUAUAAACUAAACAAGAUUUUAUAGCUAGAUAUGAAUCAUAGAUCAAUAACAGAAAAUGUUGGGUUGAUUAUAUUAUAGCAGAUACAACAAAUCUGUUAACAUAAUUAUUAGAAAAAGUUAAAUCUUAACUCUAUGAACACUAUGAUGAAAGAUUCAUUUAAUAUUAAAAUUCGUUAAAUUUUAUAGUAUAAUCUAUUGAACACAGGUAUGGUUUAGUUCCACUUCCAACAAAAGAAGAAAUGUUAAAUACAUUAAAAGAAUUGUCUAAAUAAAAUAAGGAAUGUAAUACAUAUGUGACUGAAUUAAAAAUUAAAUUACUACCACCAGAAGACUUAGCUAAAAACUUAGCUUUUAUUGAUACAUAUUAAGAAUUUUAAAUUUAAAAUGACCUUGUUGAGGAAUUAGAAAAAUAAUGGGCUGAAACUCCAUAGGCUGAUCCAGAAAAUCCAACAUUUUAACAGGAACAAAACUUUGUAGAAAUUAUGAAUUCAAUUAAGUAAUAAUGUGAAGUACUUAUGGAUGAAUUUACAGCAUAAAUCAAUUUGAAAGAUUUAAUACUUUCAAGAAAUACUCAAUAUUAAAAUCCUGAUGAAUCUCUAAACAGUAUUAUUAAUUCAUAACACUAUUUUAGUUCUUAGUGAUGUCAAGAAUUAAAAUUCUGAUCAUAAAUUAACAAAAACGUAAAGAUAAUAUGAUAGUCCAAAACUAUUUGAAACUGUUUAACCAAAUUCUCCUGUUUAUAAUGCGGGGAUUGAAAACAAUAAUUCAUAAGCAUUGAAAUUUUAAUCUAGCUAAUAGAGUCGAAUAUCUAGCUCAUCUAAGAUCAAAUUUUAUAGAUCUGUUGAAACUACUUAAAUGAGAGGUGUUACUAGUUUAUUAUAAGUGGAUUAAAGAACUAUUGCUUCUGGAAGUAGAGAUAAAACUAUAAGAAUUAACAAUUUAGAGGUUCCUCAAUAAAGUUAUAGUUUAGAAGGUCAUGUUGAUUAAGUUACAGCUCUUUGCAUGUUUUAAGAAAAGUUAUUGAUUUCUGGAGGAGGAAAUCUUGAUUCCUCAAUUAUUAUUUGGUCUUUGUCAACUAGAAAAUAGAUUAAUAAAUUAACAGGACAUUAAUCUGGAAUCACAUCUUUGAUUGAAUUAUCAGAUAAUCAUAGUAUUUUAAGUGGUAGUUAUGAUAAUUUGGCAAUCAUAUGGAAUGUCACUUCAGGUAAAUCUCUUUGUGCUUUAAAAAAACAUACAGCAAUGGUUUCAUGUUUAUAACUAGUAAAAAGAGAUAUUGUUGUAACUGGUUCUUGGGAUAGAACUUUAGCUAUUUGGCAAUUAUAUUUUGAAGGAGAAGAAAUAGUCUCUGCAUCUUACUUAAGAGAUAUAAAAACUGAAGGGGCUGUUUUAUGUGUUAAAAAAUAUUCUGAAAGAUCAAUCAUUUUUGGAGGAACUUCUAAUAAAGUUUCAGUGGUAGAUUGGAUGAAUGGAGAAAUAAAAAUCAAGUUAAAUACAUCGUAAUUUGGUAUUUGUGAUAUAAUUUGUUCUGAUUAUCUAUUGGGAUUAGGUGCUAGUGAUUCUACUAUUAGAUUAUGGUUAAAUAAUUAAGAAAUUGAAGUUUAUCGAGAUCAUAAAAUUAUUAUUAAUAAUUAUAAUACCAAUCCAAAAAUGAUUUAAAUAGGAAAGAAUCAUAUAGCUGUUAUUAAUAAUAAAGAUGAAUAGCCUCAUUUCAAUAUAUUUAUUAUUGAAUGA